UGGAAGGAUGGAUGGAUGGGGGUGGGUUCGGUUCGGUUCCAUCUCUUCCCAUCCAAGCUCAACUUGCUCUAAAAUGACCAAAAUCCUCACGUUUUGCCUCGGCUUCUUUCGACAUCAUCCUUGUUCCGUCCUUAAAGCCCAUCCUGGCGCCCCAGGCAUGGGGGGAUUUGCAGGAUGGGCCCGAGCAACGCCAAAGAUACAAGCUACCAAGAACACGGGCGGGGGGGAAACCAACAGCUUGAGCCUUGAAGAAGACGACAAGUUGACAACCAUUCUUGCAAAUUUGCGACUGACUAGACGGCGAUAUGGCAACGCCGAAAUGCGUCUGCCAACGGGUUUCCACGCCCGGAGCAAAUGUCCCAGAAGGGUUCAACCGAUCGAGCAACGCACGUUGAACGAUGAGAAAAAAGCCUUUGCGCCCUGUAUCCAUACGUCUGGUCUGGUCUGUACGAUACCUCGCAGCCUCUCACCCACCGAUUUGCGCAGUUCGUCAGGCGCUUUGAAACGGUUGAAAAGCUGCGACAUGGAUCUUGCUUGGGCACGUUGCCAGACCACAUUGCCCAGCCAAGUUCCAGACAUUUGUCUUUCCGACAACGGCAAUGGCGCAUUGGGAGCUUUGGACACCAGCUCUAACUCUAUUUCCGGGACAUGGCCACGGCUUUCACUCGCCGGCCCAACCUCGACACCUCUGUUGGCAUUAUGAGAGCUCGCAGUGGCACUCGCUGUCUUGCGCUCAGUCAGUGCCCUUGGGUCACGCUACGUUGGACGUUAUGCAAUGGCUACGCAAGAGAUCACCAAGAGAUCAAUGUUGGGCAAGGCCCGCAAGGACAACCGCCUCUGACGAACUCCCAUCGGGGGCUCCGGACUCCUGAAGUCCUGGCGGGUAUUGGACUUGAUAAUCACAAGUCAAGUCUGCGCAACGCCAUUCUCAUCCUGGAGACUUGCAGCUGGGUUGUCAAGGGCCCGUGGCCAUCGCCGUCCUUCUGGAAGCCCAGGCUGACGCUCCUUGCAAGAUACCCCUGGUCCGUUGUGGGUUGUUAGUGGGGAAUGUGACAAGUACUCUCUGUUGUUGGACAUGCUUUCUGAUAACGCCAGUUGUGUCCUUUAGUGUUGUGCACUAACGC